AUGCAGCUCCUCUCCACGCUCCUCUUCCUCGCCCCGGCGCUCGCCUCGCCCAUUGCCCCCCGCGACGAGCCGACCUGCGGCCAAAAGUCCGGCAAGCUCUCCGAGUGGACGCUGACCGACUUCGACUUCCACGCCAGCUACAUCUUCACGACGCCCGCGCACCAGAACUCGUGGGGCUACGUCAGCUUCAACGUCUCCAACCCGGUGCUCGACUACACCGUCUCCUGCUCCGCCGCGAGCAGCCGCCUCAACGACUUCUUCUACGGCGAGAUGGUCUACGACUGCAAGGCCCCCGACGGCGAGAGCGCCACGACGUCCUUCACCUUCAGCCGCCCCGACGGCGCGCUGGCGCUGAACCAGAGCUGGACGUGCAACGAUGACCCCAAGUACCCGGCUCGGUAUACCGCAAAGGGCGGCGCCGUCGCUGAUCUCUCGUGCGAGGAGACGAGCUGGCAGAACCUGAACUGGACCAUUGGCGAGGUCUACUCGAGGCGCGAGAUCAAGUGCGACAAGAUCACGCUGCCCACGCCCAUCACUGAGAUUUCCGCCGUCGCGUAA